AUGAUAAGAGCGACUUCAAAGACAUUUCAGGAGUUAAGGAAACCAAAAUAUCAAAGGGUCCAUGCAACUCUAGAGAAAUCACAAGAAAUUAAGGCCAUGCAUGUGACGUCUCAUACUAUAUAUGAAGAAUAUUUAAGUUGGAACUUCUUUACAGGGUCGACACGCUCAAAUUCUAUACAUGCAAAGCAUAGGGUCGACAGCUCUAUAGUUGUCAAAUAUGAAGGGGUGACUUCGAUGGCGCUGGGUGGGGCAGCCAAAGAUCAGAUAGUGGUGAUUGGAGAGGAAGUUGAUUCGGUUAAGCUGGGGAAAUCACUAAGGAAAAAGGUUGGUAAUGCCAAUAUUAUGAGUGUGGAAGAAGAGAAAGACAAAGGUAAAGAUGAGAAAGACAAAGGGAAAGACAAAGGUAAAGAUGAGAAAGAAAAAGAGAAAUAUCCAUGGCAACUAACUCCGUAUCCUGUCCCAUAUUAUUACUCACAGCCUCUAAUGUGUGAAGUGGUUUGUGAUUCAAACCCUAGCAAUUGCUCCAUAUUGUAA